AUGAAUAAUUAUAUCAUAAAUUAAUAAAAUGUUAUAAUUUUUUAGUCCUGAAUAUUACCUAUAUUUAAACAAGUUUUCAUAAAUAUUUUUGAUUCAUUUGAUAGAAAUGUUUUUCCUACUAUCAAGAUGGCAAAUAACAAGAUCACGAUAAAUUCAGCAUUUGACAUUAUUGGAUUAUAAGUGAGAAGAAUAGAUAUUAUUUAUAAGAAAUUUAAAAAAUGACCUACUAAAAGGAUUUAUUUGACUAUCGGACAAAAACUAAUUUAAUAAUAACUGCUGCAAUUGGUUAAAUGCGAGAAAAAAUGAGUGCCGCAGAAGAGCCCACAACUUGUUUGGAUAAAGUUGAAGAAAACCCCGAUAAAUUGGAGUGUAAAAACCCCGAAGCCAAGGAGAAAGAGAGAAUCGUAUUAAAGUUUGAUGAUAAUUGGCUACCAAUACUGCGAAGAUCAUUCAGCCAUUCAUACUACAAAAACUGUCUUGAUUUAUGCUUCAAGGAGAGAGAAAUCGAGGGUCACGGUAAGUCAUUUCACAUGAAAAAAAUGUACGCAUUUUGGAUGGAGUUCCUACAGGAUUCGUUCAAUCAAAAACUAUACGUGGACUUCCGCAAAGCAGCCGUUGAUGAUGCAAAUAACGGUAGCAGAUACGGCAUUCAAUGUCUCUUCAAGUUUUUCAGCUAUGGUCUCGAAAAACACUUCUACCCCGAGCUCUACGAAGAUUUUCAACUGUACGCUAAAUAUGAUUACGAAUCUGGACACAUGUAUGGAAUCGAAAAAUUCUACGCUUUUCUGUACUAUCGAGAGGUGAAUACUAUUUUGGAAAUUGAUAACGAUCUUGUCGAGUAUUUGUCAAGAUUCAAAAGCUUGGAGGAUUUCCCACUGUCUGAUUCGACCAACAAGGAUAGAUUGAGAACGCUACUACCCGAUCGCAAAAGAAUGCUGGUUUUGUAUCGGGAAGUGAAGCAAACACCCAAUCAAACACAAACUAAAGUGAUUGUGGUGAGAAACGUGGAUGUGAUUGCCAGUCUUAAAAGCCAAAAACAACAGAAGCACAUUAAUAACAAACGAUCUCAUGUGAGUUUGCAAUUGUUUUGCCCACCGGUUGAAAAUGGCGAUAAAGUGGUUUAUGAGAGAUCUAGAUCGUUGAAUCGGGAGAACGGGAGGUCUACUAGAUCACAAUCAAAAAGCCAGGAACGAAAUGGAGUUGUUUUCAAACCAAGAUCACGGUCAGCACACCGACAAUCGUCUCUAGUUUCAUUUGGACAUGAAACUAACGGAAGAGCUGUCAAGUCACAAUCGUUCAGGAACAGUAAUGGCAUCUUAAAGAAUAGAAAUUAUGAUUGUGAGGACGAGGAGCCGGUUGUGAACUGGGGAAGACGAGGAGAUGGUGUGGUGGUGCAUCGUGAUCACUUCCACGAGCGUCCGCAGCCAUUUUGGACUCAAGGAAGUACUAGAUCGACGGCGUCUCAUCCCGAUCUGGUUCACUACAGUCGUUCUCAACAUGAUGUCGCCAACAGUCCGUUGCCGUAUGUUGUGCACAUGGGACAACAGAGUGAGACAUCUUUCCCGCAGCCGUUGUGUCCCGACUCUAGCAAACAUCCCCAAUACACAUUUGACGAGAUCUUGGGCCGAGACGAGACGAUUCCGAGACCAGAGUUGUAUCCGUAUCCAGUGCUGGCACAUCCUUAUAUCACGAAAGCUCCCCAACGCAGGAACAGCAGUGAGACUCUGUUGAGAAGGGCUGGAGGGGAUAGAUAUGUGAACGCUCCUCAACCAUUCAUAAUGGACGAACCCAUUUUGGUUUAUCUGAUCCUGUGUCCUGAGCCACACCGCCACAACACCUGGGACGGUGGGGAUGGGAUGUCCCACACUUGUGAUCCUACAUGGACCAGUGGACCCCCGCAAACGCCCAUCUACCACAUAUUCCCCUUCCACAACCCCCGGCGGGCACGUGGCAACGAUCUGGUGGUUGCUAAGCAACCAAACAAGUAUCAGUCGCGUGUUAAGGUGCGACAUUUUGUCGCCAGCCAGUUUUGACCUAGCUGACAAAAAUUGUUUGUUGUUCAUUCUGUUAUUUUUUGCUUUGUUGCGCAGGUUUCUCCCUAUUUUUUCUCAUCAUGCUAUUGACCUACUGUUGUACCCACGUGUAUAUCUAUAAAGUUAUUAUUAUGAUGUAGCAAAUUAGAUUUACUCGAUGAAGAAAAAAAGUUUGAUUAAUACAUUUGAACACAUAAGAUUAUCAGUGAGAAUAUCACGAAGAAGAUAAUCACAAAACUAUAUUCAUGUGAAUGAGAUAGAUCAAUAACGUUAUGCUAAACUUGAUCAUUGAGAUUUAUAACAGUAUCUAUUGCAUUUAUCCUCAAAUUAAAAUAUUAAUAAGAUGUACUCAAUGUCUAUGAGACUUUUUUAAUGUAGAUAUGAUAAUUGAUGAGAAUCACCCGGUAGAUUCUUGAUGAAGGCUACAUUAUGCAAUUUUCUCACAAUAAGCCCUCAAUUGAAAUGUGAAAUAUAACACAAGAUUCAUAUUUUUUUAUAAUCAAGAGUAAGAUGAACUCAUAAGCAAAAUAAUCUCAAUUUCUUUUAAGAAGUUACUUGCAAAAAGUAUCUGUAAAAUUAAUCUUUGGCAAUAACAGAAAAUAAUAUGAGGACACGAAAUAAAAAGUUUAAUGCUUAAUAAUAAAAUAAGUAUCGUAGUUAUAAUUAUUUGAAAUAGAAAGUCUCAUAAAAAUAAUAAUUUACAUAUAGAAGAACGUACAGUUUGAGAGGGUUGAUAAAAUUUAUAUCUAUGAGAGAUAGUAAGAAAUUGUUUUAGACUUUGCAAAAAACUACGUUAGGUCUAUUUAUAAAUAGUAGAUACUGUAUUGUACAUAGCUAUACAUAGUAAUGUUACAUUGAAAUGAAUUUCAAUCAUAUAUGUAUUAUACUGUAAGAUGUUGUUGCAUCUAUUUCGUGGGGCUUGCACAUUCCUUUGAAAAUCCUUGACACUAAUUAUUUCAAGUACAAUACUUUGAUUUCACAACUGAUUUUCGAAAUGUUUGAACAAAAAAACUUCAAAAUUAUGGGGUUUCUUGUUGAAGUUCUCCAAAUUCGAUGUAGUGAAUUGCUGAAUAAAUCUUUCAGUGCAUAACACAAUUAUUAUAAUGUAUCUGACAAUGGAUGAAAGUGUGUGGGUAGGCCUAUUGGAAUUGAAGAAUAUAAAGAUUUGUAUGAACUUUCUAUGAAAUUCCUGUAAAAUACUUCAGAUAGAACAUUACAUGACCAUUACACAAUAUUACAUUGGAAACCAAACUGAAUAAUUCAACUUUUUUUGUAAUAUUAUGUCUGAAUCCACUUGUCGUAUUGGAAUAAAAGUUUCGGAAUAAA